AAAAUUUCGAUCAAUUCCCUUCAUAAUCCAUCGAAUUUCUAAUUUUAAAAACCUUCGCCCGGACGUGGAAUGAUCGAUGCGCAAACGACUGUACGAAAAGAGAAAAUGUUCGAUCGGAGUCGAUUUAGUACCCCGGUCGCUUUUAUAUGGCGGAACGGAAAAAUGCUGAACCAGCGAAGUUCCAUAAGAAAGUCGAGAAACUGACGCGUGGCGCCCUCCUCAGACGCCGUUACCGCACGAUACUUAACCAAAGAUCAUCAAAAAUAAAUCAAACUUUUAAGAAAGUACUUCGGGGUAAGAUGCUCUCGAUGAUAAGUACAACGACGUCGAAGAAGAUGGACAGAUUGGAAUGUUUGAUCUGUCGGUCAAUACACACAAGUAAUCGGAAACAUAACCCGCCGAGAAGGCUACAAAAUGAGAUCGCUGCUAGCGUCAGCGGAAACAAGGAUGCGAUACUAACGCAGAGUGCAAACCCAAGCACUUUGACUUGGGCACAUGUUGUGCCAACUCAGCGAAAAUGCAAGCUAAUAUCAUCAAAAGGAGGAGAAGCAAGGAGGCGAGAUUAAGCCCUUGUUCGACAGCUGGAAACGUAUAUCAUACGUAAUACUCGUACGGUUAGUAGUAGUAGUAGUAGUAUGGAGAGCCAACGUGUCCAGGAAGUGCGUUCAGAAAGAUACAACCUAUGCACACCCAUGAACAUAUCA